CACAAAACUAAAAAUGUAGCCAAAGCCUCUCUUCUCCUUCACUCUCAACGGCUCUCUCUCUGUAUCUUAACGAUUCGAAAGAAGCGACGAUCGUCUCUUCGUAAACCCUAAAUUCCACCACCAGAUCAAUUCUUCGCCUCCUUUUGUUUGAUUUCUCUCCCGUCUCUCCGCAAAUAUUCAGCAAUGGAGUCGUUGAUCGAACUCUGUGAUCUGAUCGCACAAAAUCCUUCGCAGUUUGUUGUUCUGGCCGGAUCAUUGAGGGUUUCGAGGUUACAGCUUAAUGCAGUACUCGCCAUGGCCGUUGCGGAGUAUACAGGAGAGAUUGUGAUGUCGGCGAUAACAAUGUCUGUGGAGAUUUGGGGCUUUCAAGGGUUUCUUGAAUGAUCUGUCGCAGAAGCUGUGCUGCUGCUGCUCAAGGAGAGAAGUCUGGGGGUUCGUAAAGAACUUUCGGAUGUACUCGUUGUUUGUGUUUAUGGCUUCGCAGUCGCACUGUUAUCAUAUAUCCAUCUCCCAGGGUUGAUGUAGACCAAUGAGAUUUGGAAGUCUCUGAAGGGGGGUAGACAAUCUUUUUCAAUAUUAUAAAGUUUUUCUUCCUUUUCUUUUGGUUAUUAUUGUGAUACAUGGAUUCGUUUUCACUGCUUUCCUAUAUCAAUUACCUAAGUGAAGAGCUAUUAAGGUUCUAUUCACUAUUAUGCCUUCACUUUUUAUCUUAAUCCUUCAUUCAUGUAUUCACUAUUAGGUUGUUUGCUUCCUGCUAAUAUUGGUAAUUUUCGUAAAUACAUGUUGCUGUGGGAUUUAAAGGUCAUGCCAUGAGGGAUGGGGCGCAUAAGCCGAUUUUUUAUGGACUACAAAGUAGAUUACUGUCUACAUUCCAGGACCUUCUAUCCUCUAGCUGUCCGAACGAAUGUGUUUAGAUAAGGUGCAGUUGUAUGUUCUUGUCAAGAGAUCGAUUGACCACAACACUCUGCCCGACGACAAUAUUGUUCACGGACUUCUUCGUUUGGUGAAGAUUGAGGCAGUCAGUUCAAAAGUAUUAAGGGCAGUCUGUGAAAAAGUAUUUGGAGUAUCUUGCGCGGCCAUUUUUGCUAAAGAUGUUCAUACCAUGGGAUUACAUUGGUGCGGGUGCCACGAUAAUUUGAUCGUACAACUUUUGACACUACCUUCAAACAUAUCUUUGGAGCUUUUGUGGGCCAACAUAAAUAUUUUCUUCAGUUUUGCUGUGGGUUGGAGUUUCAUGAAUGUUAGAAUAUUACUGGCAUUUCUUUCAUGGAUGUUUGACUAUGAGUUAGCCAACUUUAUAGGUUUGCAAAUGUAUCUCAGAAUUAUGCAGACAGAUUUUUUCAUAGUAACACGAUGCUUUCUGAAUGUAAAGCUCGGACUAAUAUUCCAUAGCCUCAGGUAAAAUUAGUAAUUGGCGUGCACUUAGGUAUUUACACUUAUUUGAACAAACGAAUGACAACUUUCUGUGACAAGCGA